AUGGAGAACACAGCCACCUCAGAGGAGCCCGUCCGUGCCGUCUCCAGAGUCCCGAACGAGAUCUGGACCCGCAUAUUCUACGCGUUGGAGUUUGACUACCGCUCGUUGUGGGCUGUCUAUGCAACCUGCGUCCAGUUUCAUCAAUGUGUUCAACCCGCGUUGUUCUAUCACUUGCAUGUCCAUUUUGUUGAAAACACCAUCCCGGAGCAUAAGCCCUUUGACAAAAGAAUCGCGUACCAUAGACCCUGGGUUCAGUUCAAUGAUGUCCGUGUGUUGGAAAUCUCCGACAGUUACUCACACCUCGAGUGCAACACUCGCGUCACUCGCUCCCUUCAGAGCCUCUUUGAGCUGAUUCCGGGGGUGAGGGUUAUCAAGUGGAAGUCGCGCCGCGAGAUCAACCAGUCGAUCCUCGACAUGUUCAAGUAUUUCCAACGACCCAUUAUCAUCGAUAUCCAGGGUGCGCAGGAGAUAUUCAUCUACAACGCUACCAUCUUCCGCAUGUUGCACGCUUUCCCAUUGCUUUACAUCCGGUCGCUUGAUAUUAACUUGGAGCACUGGGACCAGGAGAACGGGGUGUUGAAGAGAUCCCUCUUUCCCAUCUGCUCGCUGCCCACGUUGAAAGCACUGACCUUGACCUAUCGCGCAACUGCGCCCAGCUUCAAAGUAUGCAACAUUAUCAUCCCCCCUGGUGCCAGACUGGCGCGCUUGAAAUCCCUUCGUCUCUACAAUGUCCACAUGCAAGGGGUGGGCGAUAGUGAGUGGACGAGGAGCCUCCAAUGCUCAGCUUUGCGUCACUUGACCAUUGACGGCUACUUCCUCACCAUGCAAGCGCUGAAGCAGCUUGCGGGCAAAGUGCCAAAUCUGAAAUCGCUGUCGGUGCGUCUUCGUAACGAAGAGGAUCAGAUCAGCGAACCGCUGCCUUUCGAGACCAGAGCGAGAUUCCUAGAUGACGCUAGUCCUAGUAUAUGCUUCACUCUAGGAUGUUUUCUGCGCGGCGUGCGGGCGUUAGAAGAAUUCAAUGGUUACGACCUUCCUCUUUCCACCUUGAAUGACCUGCUGCUGUUUCAAGGACAGUACCUUCAGACCCUUCGGUUCCGCGAUACGGUUGUCCGCGAUACCGACCGUGGUGCAGGAGCUGUCUUUUUCGGCUGCGAUCAACUUGUGUGGAUGAUCCACCAGCUGCCGGUUCUCAAGACACUGGGAAUUACAAUGGCCAUCGGAAGGGAGACUGUACCCAUGCUCAACUACAUUUCACGCAUCCCUCUCCUCACCCGCUUGGAGAUAAACACCCCUCCCGAAGCUUUUUUGGAGGACGACGAAAACGAAACCCCACCUCCGCGUACGAUACCGAUUCCGCUAGAGCUACUCGAGCAGAUCUUCGACUAUCUCGACCGCCGCAAGAGAUACUACUCUGCCGUGGUCGGCAACAACCAGUGGCCAUCCUUCAACGCACUCGAUAUGAUCGCUCGUGAAUGGGAGCCCAUGCUCGGCGGCAUGCGGUGGGCUUUUUGGGGCCUGAAAAGCACCUACAUAUACACCUGCCGGCGCAAGAUCGGAUCCCCUCGAGAGGUCGAGGUCUCUUUUGUGUCCGGGGCCGGACUGUCGCUGAUGUGUGUGCAUCGGUACAAUCAGGUUUUGACUGCCACUGAGAUCUGGGAUCGACCUGGUACCUAUUCCUUUGAUGAUACCAGUGGCGUGGAGUUUUUCAAUGAGUGA